GCCCCGCCCCUAGUCUUAUGACCCGCGCUGAAGCGCCUUGUCCUGGCGUUUGCAGCACUUGUGGUCGGUGGUCCGCGCUCCUCUUGCCCGGGUUCCAGCAAGCUUUUUCCCUGGUGUUGCUGCUGUUGUUGCCACCGCCACCGCCACCGCCACCGCCGCCGCGCCGCCGCCUCCUUUGCGGAAUCAUGGUGUGCUUCCGCUUCUCCCCGGUUCCGGGCUCGGGGCUCGUUCUGCUCUGCCUAGUCCUGGGAGCUGUCUCAUCUUACGCAUUAGAACUUAAUUUGACAGAUUCAGGAAAAGCCACUUGCCUUUAUGCAAAAUGGCAGAUGAAUUUCACAAUACGCUAUGAGACUACAAGCAAAAGUUAUAAAACUGUAACCGUUUCAGACCUCAGCACUGCAACAUAUAAUGGAAGCUCUUGCGGGGAAGACCAGAAUGGUCCCAAAAUAGCCGUGCAAUUUGGAUCCGGUUUUUCCUGGGUUGUGAAUUUUACAAAGGAGGGGUCUACUUACUCGAUUGACGGUAUCUCAUUUUCCUACAACAUUAGUGACAACACAACAUUUCCUGAUGCCAAAGAUAAAGGGAUUUUGACCGUUUAUGACCCUGUGCGAUUCAGAAUUCCAUUGAACAACAUCUUCAGAUGCAAUAGUUUAUCGACUUUAGAAAAGGAUGAUGUUGUCCAGUACUAUUGGGAUGUUCACGUACAAGCUUUUGUCCAGAAUGGCACAGUGAGCACAAAAGGUGGGAGGAGAGAGAGAAUCCCAAGCAAGUUCCACACUGUCAGCUCACAGGAUGAUCUUAGGAUGAUCUUAGACCAACCAGAGGUUGGGUCCUACUCGGUUAAUAAUGGCAAUGGUACUUGUCUCCUGGCUACCAUGGGGCUGCAGCUGAACAUUACUCACGAGAAGGUUGCUUCGAUUAUUAACAUCAACCCCAACACAACCGACUUCACCGGUAACUGCCAUCCUCAGAGCGCUCUGCUUAGGCUGAACAGCAGCAACAUCAAAUUUCUUGACUUUGUCUUUGCCGUGAAAAAUGAAAACCGAUUCUAUCUGAAGGAAGUGAAUAUGAGCAUGUAUUUGGUAAAUGGCUCUGUUUUCAGCAUCGCAAAUAACAAUCUGAGCUACUGGGAUGCGCCCCUGGGAAGUUCUUAUAUGUGCAACAAAGAGCAGACUGUUUCAGUGUCUGGAGCAUUUCAGAUAAAUACCUUUGAUCUAAGGGUUCAGCCUUUCAACGUGAUGGAAGGAAAGUAUUCUACAGCUCAAGACUGCAGUGCAGAUGACGACAACUUCCUUGUGCCCAUAGCGGUGGGAGCAGCAUUGGCAGGAGUACUUAUUCUAGUGUUGCUGGCUUACUUUAUUGGUCUCAAGCGCCAUCACGCUGGAUAUGAGCAAUUCUAGAACCUGUAGUUUGAUUGAUUAUAUAAAAAUACAUGCACAUAAGAUUUUUUUGCCUUUCAAUUUUGAAACACGUUGCUCUCUUAAGACUGAAGUGUUGAAACUUUUGAAAUCAGUCCCAGCAUUUAGAGAUAAGUCUUUAUGAAUAAAAACUAUUCUCUUUUAUCAGCUUAAAAUUAAAUACUGUAUUUACUGGUCCUGAAGACAAACUGGUUAAAAACAUUGGUGUGUGGUGUGUUAAGGUCUACCCUUUUAGAAGCCUUGGCCAAAUUUUGAUCCUAACCUCAGAUGCCUUAAACUUAUUAACCUGGCCAUUAUAAGAAUAAAAUAUGUAGCUGUCUCUUAAUGGAAUUAAUAAAUCCUGUUUCACUACCGGUGUUCUGUUUUAAUAUUAGAACUAUCCUGAUUUAAACUCAUCACAGUACUUUUGCAUAUAGUUCAUUCAAUAAAUAUCGAUGUGACAUAAAUGCCCAUCAAAUAUGCUCAAACUUGGUUUUUAGUCGAAUGUCCUCAGGACCAUCAACAUUUUUUAGGUUAUGUGACUUGCUGUUUUCUUUGAGUUUGAUUUAAGGAUGAAGCCAGGAUCUCAGGCUUGUGACUUUUCCCUGGGUGAAAAACAGACCCAAGAGACUACAACAGAACUUUAAACUGGCUUCAGAAUUAAAGUUAAAAAAAAAAAAAAACCUGCUUCUUUUUCUGCAACAUAGACUGAAAAGAUUCAAGCGUAUUUAACCACUUGCCUUGUUUUUCCUUGUGUUUUUCUUUUCUUUGGAUGCCUGAUUAGCAUUGAAAGAUAGAAAUAUUCUAUGAACUAAUUAGGACAGAUUGUGUUGUGUUUCUCUACCUCAUCUUGUUGAUCUCUAGAGCAUUAAAAUCUAUUUAGUGUUGUCAUCAGACUGGUACUUAUAAAAUGUAAGCUAACAGCAAUCUCAGAAGGGAGGCACUGAAGCAUAGCAACUAGGCUCUUGCUUCUUCGAGAAGGCCCCCGUGGGGCAGAGCAUAGAUAGGGGGGUAGAGAGAAGCUGUUGGCAUUAAAAUGAGCUAGAUAAUCAGCCCCUAUUGAAGCAUACUGCUCAUUAUAAGUAUAGCGUGCAUAUUGAAUGUAUAGACAAAUGAGAAGGAAGUUUAACCAAUGGACGGGAGAAGACAUUCACACUGAAGUGAUUAUUUUAUUAAUUCAUUCUGUGUAUAUAUUGGCUUGUUCAGAAUUUCUGUAACUCGCUGAUGACAGUAUCUUCGUACCCAGCCAUCUGUGUCUGAAGGCUUUCAGUGAAAUAUAGUAAAUCCUUACAAUAAAAGCUAUGGUCAUUACUGAAAUUCAUGUACUCAG